AUGGAGCGACAGACGCUUACUAUCGAGGAGAUGCAAAAGGGACUCGUUGAACUCGACCGUGCCAUGGGCGAAAACGAGAUGAUCUAUGCCUUCUCCCCUAUCACCGUGAUCUCGCCUGGCGGUUUCCUUGCAGUCUCAUACUUGAAAAGCCGUGAAACGACAGAGGAUAUUGAUAUUAUUAUCGAUCCCCAAUGGAUAGGAGACAAGGAUAUUAUACCAGCACUUAGAGAACUAUUCUCAUCAGUUGGAAAGAAACUUGGCUUAAAUCGCAAAUGGCUAAAUGAUGAUGUCUCCUUAUUCCUUACCCAGAAAGCUCGCGAACAGAUCUUCAAUGCUGCGGGUAACCAAAAUAUUAUACUCUACGAGGGACCAAAUCUUAGAGUACUGGGUGCACCCUUAGAAUGGGGUCUUGAGUCGAAACUACGGCGGAUAAAUAGCAAACCUGACCAUCCCAAGGUGCCAACAGAUAUACAGGAUAUCCUUAUUAUUCUGAAACUACUGAUAGAACGCAAUAAUGGGCCGCUAAAUAGACGGCAGGUACGCGAGAGAAACACAAAUGGAUUUGAUAUACUUCCUAGUGAAGAGACUCUAGAUCUUGUUGCUAAUGCAUACCAAAAUAAAUACGGGGAAUACCCUUUUUGCUAG